ACCCUUGCGUGUGUGCGCCCUGCUGCCCGCGGGCCGCUCAGCGCUCCUCUGCCUGUCUAUGGAAGGAGCCAGAUCCCCGUCGCCGCGGGAAGACCUGGAGCUCCUGGCGCUCGGAAGAGGGCAGCCGGACGAGCAGAAGCCUCUCAAUGGAACCGUCCAGGUCAUCCCUCUUUCGGUGGAGGAGCCCUGCCCAGCCCAGGAGAAGGAGGAGAACCCUUGGAGUUCCUGUAAUAAGAAAUUGAUUGGAAAGUGCAAACUGUGGAUGGUCAUCGCCUCUGUUUUCCUAGGUCUUAUUAUAGUCAUCAUCAUAAGCUUAUGUCUUAUUGGAGUAACUUACAUUGAUGAAGAUGAAAAUGAAAUACUUGAGUUAUCAUCGAAUAAAACCUUCUUGGUCGUGUUCAAGAUUCCAGAGGAGUGCACUGCUGAGGAGGAAUGGCCUCACCUGCUCAUGGAGAGGCUGACCCAUGUGUACGCGUCAUCCCCAUCGCUGAGCCAUUGUUUUACUUCAGUGGAAAUGACGGACUUCAGCGGUGAAAAUGCCACGGUAGCCUUCAACCUGCAAUUUGGGGUUCCUUCGGAAGAUGACGAUUUUAUGAAGUACAGGAUGAAUAAGGAGUUGGUGCGGGGCGUUUUACUACAGAAUCUGCAUGAUCAGGGAGUGUCUGGCUGUGAGACUUUGGGACUGGACCCAGCAUCCCUCUUGCUCUAUGAAUGAAGGGAGGAUGUUGGUGUGUGUCCAAAGGCAGUGCUCCACUGAGUUUGAGGAAGAGAGAAUUCACAUUGUUUUCCAGAGAAGAUCCUGAAAAUUACCACAGAAGGCCUGGCAAUGCCUGGACGGGUGGAGACCAUCCUUUUUCUCCUGACUCUGCAUUUCUGAAGUCUGGGCUCUGUGUCUAGCUCUGUGAGCUCCCCUCGCGGGGUCUAGUCUUGGCAAAGGCAGGAAGCCGGUUUGGUUGGGGGUGACGGGGAAGGUGGGUGGGCCUUGCAGUGCGGGGUCACUGCCAGUUGCCUCCACCCACAGGUGCACACUUUCUCUUUAGGGCGAAGGUGACCUUUCAGGCAGGAUCCCCCAACCCGUGCUGGUGGAAAGAGUGGGCAGGCAGGAGGUGAGGGACAACUGAGCCAAUCUCUCGAUGAAGUCCUCCUCCCACUCCCAUUGUGGUAUUGGAUCUACCUCUGAGCAAGACUGUGAGGAGGGCACUUUACCCAACAAAGCAGCGAAGUUCUGUGUCUAAUUCCAUAAACUGGAGCUGCCUGUCUUAGCAAACCAGCCUCAGGCACAUCAUCCAAUAUUACUGGGUCACAUGUGGCUACAGAAAUAUGGUGUGUGUUUCUUACUUCUCAUCACCUCAUUGCUCUGGUGACUCUUGAACACUGCCUUUGGAAACGUGGGUCCCUGUGUGUUUUGAGUUUUGGACACACUGCUGUCCUUGGGGAUGGUUUGACCUUUAAGAGUUUCUAGACUUCAUCAGAGGAUUGUUAAGGCUGCUAACCACGUGCACGCUGGUGCCUGGCUUUUUCUUGUCUCAUGUGACUAGGCUUCUUCUAAAACUCAUUGUCUUCAGGCAUUGGAUGUGUAUCCUAUUGAAGAGGGUUUGAAACAGGAAGAGCAGCUCUCUGUUUGAAAUAACCUGUUGGAGGCUUGAUGCCAAUUUGUUAACAGGAGGGGCUACAAUGUUAGCAACUGUAUUGAUCAUCUGCAGACACAGAAUGGCCUAACAUGAAGAAACCGAGGAUUUGUUUCGUUGGGAAAAUUGUUUUGCUGGGAAUUUUCCAGGGGAGAGUGUGGUGGUCCUAUCACAAGAGAUUCUUAGCCCCAGGAUCUCAGUUAAACGGGUCGUAGGUGGACGUCCGUAUGAGGGGCUGCCGUGGAUGGGGACUUGUCCAAGCGUGAGUCUCAGGCUAGAUUUGCCCUGGUCUUUUUGUGAACCAGGACUCUGGAUAAUGUGAAUUUGCUUUCUUAUUUAACUAGAGGAUAUGUUUUUUGUAACCUGGUGUCUCAUUUUGAGGCCGGUUCCUCAAACUAGCCAAAUAGGUGCAUUUCCUGUCUUCCUCUUUAUUUUUUAUGUGUCCAAUAUAAAUCAUAGUGUGUGUGUACUUUUUAGAAUGUAAUGAAUAACUUUCACAGGGAAGGAUUUAAAACUAUUUACAAUAAAUUAUUUUUUGUGCGGG